GUGAGGCUGGCAACGGCGGGGGGUACUUCGGAGGGGGCUGUCCUGUUUCAGCGCAAGCGCCAGUGAACUGACCCGAAUCGCGUCCUAGCUCUCCCCGCAGGCACCUUACUUGUCGUAUCACGAUAUCCUCCGUACGUAACCCUUUCGAUGGAUGACGAGGUCCCGGGACCUGCCGAGACAGCGGGUUCCGGCAACUUGGACCUCUGCCUGAGCUCAAUCAGAAAGGCACUUGACUUACUCGCGUUGCUUGCAGUCACCUACGAAGACAUCAAAUCACUCAAGAACGACUGGUUGACAGAUAACAACAUUGCAUUCUGGGAAGAAUGGCUGGAACGCGAAGUCCUCCCCAAGUAUCCGCAAGCCCGCAUCAUCCUCCUCCGGCCCUCAAUGACCUUCCUCCUCAUGAAGGAGCCCGAUAUGCGCCAGAUCCGCUCCGCCCUUCCCGACUUCUCCAAAGUAACACACAUCUUCCUCCCCAUUAACGACGCCCGCAACGUCGCCCAGGCCGAGGGCGGCUCCCACUGGUCUCUGCUGCUCGUCAGCGCAAUCGACGGCGUCGCCUUCCACUACGACUCCCUCGGCGGCGCAAACUACGCAGAGGGCCGCCUCGCCACCCAUAAGAUGUCCGAGAUCUUAGGCCGUCCGCUCCGCUACCUCAACCUCGACGACUCCCCGCAGCAGGAGAACGGCAGCGACUGCGGUGUGUUUGUGUGUAUCCUCAUGCGCCACCUGCUCAUCAAGCGCCUGCUCAGCGCAAAUGCCCGCGAAAAGGUCAGCAUGAGCAUGGCCAACAAGCUGAUUGACAGCCACGGCGGACGCAAGGAGAUGCUCAAAAUUAUCGAGAGCUUGCGCAAGGAGGGCGAGCGGAGGAGAUCGUAAGCGCCAAACCCUCAUAUUUCCCCUCUUUACUGAAUUUGCGCAUUGUGUUUUUGGUCUCUGCGGCUUGUGGAUGAUGGCAGUGUCAUCGUCCUUCCUCCUGUACAUGUACUUGUGUCUUGAUGAAGCGUAAAAACGUGUAUUUUCUCGAGGGUUCCCUGACACCCCUUCUUUCAAAAAGGAGAAGCGCAUCACCGUACUCGUCAAAGACGCCGCCACGGAUCGAGUAGUCAACAAUAGGUCCCCUCCCUACCGCCCAUUACAAACUCGAACGAACGAUGCGAGAUUGUGACUUAUCAUCACAUUCUUGCCGACGACUUAUCUGAAUGUUUCGAUAUACGAUAUCCACGAACGAAUGCAUUGUAUUUUAUUCAAACGACAUAAGAAAAGGGGGG